AUGUUGGCUAAAAAACGAGGAGGUCUUAAUAAGACCAGAAGAAUGGCGAAGAAAAAUGCACCGGCAGCUUUGCAAACUGAAGUUAGUAAUGAUGAUGAAUGGACUAAAAUUUUGGAACGAAAAGGUCUUGUAGAUGUUUAUUCAGAUUGGAGUGGACCAUGCACUGGAAUGGUGAGCAUUUUAAAAAAAAUAAAAAUGGAAAUUGGCGGUGAUUCAUUAAGCUAUGCGACGGCAAAAUGUGAUAAUAUUACUGAUCUUGCACGAUUCCGAGGUAAAAGUGAACCAACGUGGAUGUUUAUUCAUAACGGCAAAAUGGUAAAUUUAAUGUUUGGCGCUUACUGUCCGGAAUUACAAAAAAUGUUGACCGAUGAAAUUCAACGGGUUAAAAAUAAUGAGCCUCAUGAAUUUUGUAUUGAAGUAAGCGAAACAAGCCCAGAAGAAGAAAAUCGUUUAAAAGUACUUGAAGAGAAGCGUCUAGCUAAAGAAGCUGCUAAAAAAGCCCAAAAAGAGCAUCAAAUAAAAGCUCGAUAUGAAGCUGAGUUGAAUCAUUUGACGAGUUGCUUGAAAGACCAAACGUGUUUGAUACUUUAUCCGUGGGUCUUUAAAGACGAAGACGGUCACAAGCGAGAUAAAAAAUCAAGCUUACCAUACAUAGAUUUAAUUGAAAAUGUUCUUCCAAUUUAUUUCACAGUUGAACAAGAGUUACGUAAACAUUUAAAUGAAGAAAUUAUUUCAAAAAUUCUUGCUGAGUCUAAUUGGGAAAUAACCCCGGAUGUUAAGCAACUUUUAAUGGAUGGAAAGUGUAUGUUCAUGCGGGUAAAAUUUGUCAAAAAUGAUACGGAGUUAAGUACAGAAGAGAGUUUACUUAAUUUACUAUUUGGCGAGUCAAUUUUGCCAAAAUUAUCUGAUCAAUAUCAGGAAGGAUGGUACGCAUUAAAUUUAUCAAUUACUUUUGCAUUUAUUAUUAAACGUCAUAAUAAGCCAGCAUUUAUUCCUCUCGGCAAAGAUAGUUUUAUUUUUCCCGUUGUUUGGGCUCCGCCAAAUUUUAUGAAUAAAAUUAUAGUCUUCAAAACAAUAUUUAAAAAAUAUUUAGAUACUACAUUUCCCUAUGAAGACAAAACGGAUGCAACACCAAUUAUAGUUUUCAAAUUUGAUAGUACUCGAAAAAAUGAAUUGAAAGUUGUUUUAGAAAUGCAAGAAUCUGAAGUUGUUCAUUUUGGUAUUUUUGAAAGAGAUAAACCACCUGAAGCUAAACUUAUUGCGACAAGUAUUGACGAAUAUGAAGAAAAAGUUGAAGAAAAAACUGGAUACGAGACAUAUGUUUGCGUAGUUAAAAAAAUCGGCUCAGAAGCUUUUCUAACAUUUGCCGGAAUUGGUCCCUACCAUGUUAGUGAAAAUCCCGACAUAGCUAUCGAGGAAUCAAAAUUAUAUUUCCCAGACAUAAUUCCUGCUGAUGAUCAAUCUGAUGAUGAAGAAAAACCAGAAGAUCUAGACGGGCAAAGUGGAGAACAAACAGCCGAAAAUGCUAAUGGAUAG